UAUUGUCAGAAUUCAGCGAGGAACUGACCAAGGAAUCCGCAAAGACUAAGGCUUAGGUGCUGUCGCAGGUACUUAAGAGCAAGCCUGGAUCUCUUUCUCAGGAUUUGAAACCAAGCCUUAAUCCACUGAUCAUGCUGGACAAUAGCCAGAAGCCCUCCACCGCCGUCAUGGCGCUCGAUAGGCCCGACGUUCUGACCAGCAAAGCACCCCCAGCUGCCCGGCGCUGGUGGCACUGGCAUGAGCCAGGUACAACCAAAGAGGAGAAGUGGCUCAUAUUCAAGCUUGACUUCUUCAUCCUGCUUUACUCUUGUCUAACUUUUUUCAUCAAAUAUCUGGAUCAAACUAAUGUGACUAAUGCCUAUGUCUCCGGGAUGAAAGAAGAUUUAAGCCUCGGUGGUAGCGAUCUUAACUGGCUUACUACCUACUUCAACAUUGGUAUCAUGGUUGGUGGUCCAUUCAUUACGAUGGCGCUCACAGUAACCAAGCCACGUUACCUGCUUCCGACAUGCACCGUCAUAUGGUCAUUCUUUGUCUUGUUUAUGUACAAGGUACAGGAUAUCAAAACGCUCUAUAUCCUACGCUUUUUCGCAGGCCUAUUCGAGUCGGGCGCCAUGCCCGGCGCUUUCUACAUGAUUGGAAGCUGGUAUCGCUCUACCGAGAUUAGCCGACGGUCGGCAUUCUACUGGUUUGCUUCUAUCGGUGGUGGAAUGUUUUCAGGUUAUAUCCAGGCUGGACUAUAUGAGAAUAUGAACGGUAAGCUCGGAUUAGCCUCUUGGCGUUGGGUAUUCAUAUUCGAUUUUAUCAUUGGCCUUCCAAUUGCAAUCUUUGGGUUCUUCUGCUGUCCAGACGAGCCGACCGGUGAGCGACCGUGGUGGAUGACGGAACGAGAGCAAGCGAUGUCUAUCAAACGAAUCGACGAUGAGAACCGAGAUGUAUCUGUGAUGCAAUGGAACUCGGGAACAGUCAAGAGAAUCCUCAGCUCUUGGCAGUUCUAUGCAUUUGUCUUGUCUUGGGGCUUCAUGGAAUGUACAUGUGGAGUCAAUCUGCAACGUUGGAUGACUUUAUAUUUGCAGUCUCUCAAAGUUGACGGACGUCCACGCUAUUCUAAUCAGAAAAUCAACAGUCUGCCAACAGUGAUCGGUUGCGUCGAGCUGGCGUGGCUAUUAAUAAGUUCAACAUUGGCAGACUUUUUGAAUGUCCGCGCACCUAUUAUUGCCUUCCUAGGACUAGCUCAACUCACCGCUUACGUUGUAUUCUACGUCUGGUCUGAAAAUGUGCCGCUGAUGAUGGGCAUGUACUACUUGUGCAGCGCUUAUGGCGCCGUUUCGCCCUUGAUCAGCGCGUGGCUGAAUUCAUCUUGUGGGGGUGAUAGGCAACUUCGUGCCUUGACAACUUCACUCAUGAUCUCUAUUGGCUAUGCCGUCGAAACUGUCUCUCAGCAGUUCAUGUUCCCAACUUCAGAGGCCCCACGGUUUGAGAGAACCCAUGGCUACGCAUUUGGGAUUGGUUGGGUCAUCGUUAUGAUUGUUUGGUGUGGACUUCUGUUACCAUUGGUUGAACGGCAUUUCUCCAAACGUCGCCUAGCCCACCCAGGCAGCUGCUAGAUCGAGGAUCCUAGUUUUGCAUGGUUUUUAUGGUAGAGCAAAACGAUUCAAAUUUCAUCACCGACAUAUUGUCGCUGAAAAAGGUUGCGAAAGCUCACUUCUCAUAUUCGAUACACAGACCAAAUUGUGAAAGUUUGUUCCAUUCGGA